GCCGGCUGUCCCGUCGCGAGCGAGCGAGCUUUCGUCGCACCGGCUGCUGGCACGCCUCGCGUCGUGGCUGGUCCGAGCUUUUACUCCGUUGUCGCGUUCGAAAAAAAUUUCGUCGGCGCACAAAUUGAUGACGUCGACACCCCUUUACGCCCGCAGGUCCGAUACGCGCUAUCACCCGGCAAUCAGUGACGAGAGUCAAUUUUCCCCGAGCUUUUCUCGUCGACGCGGACGUUAGUUUCCAAUCGUUGUUACCGGGGACCGGUGUGACGCGUUGAAGCGAACUUCGAUAUUCAUGAAGCUCCGACGUAUCACGACCUUCGAGUGUUUUCGGGAUUGAGUUAUCCGUUGUUUGUAAGCGUACGUAAUCUUGGAUGGGGAAGGUCGGGGCGUGGAACGACGGGCUCUGCCGUUCGGCAACGAUUCUUUUCGACCGGAGUUGUUGAAUAGAGAAAAAAAAACGAAGGUGCACGAGUAAGGGGUACGAUGCGGUGUACACCGUAGAACCUACGGGGAAUUGGUCGGUUGAAAUUGUGAGAACGGUUUAACGAAUGUUCGAUACGUGAGGAGGAUACGGCUGGGGGAUCCGGAGUUUUCUCGAGAACCAAGGCCACCGGCUAACGCCGUACAACGGCGUAGCAAUAAGCAAAUAUAAACACCUCGGGAAAACCCCCAUAAAUCUAGAAUCGUUCCAUUUUGAAAAAGCUCUCCACCAACGGGAAAUGCAAGGGAAAACGAUAAAAGAUGCACACAGCUGACUUACACCGCAUCGAAACGAUAUUGCCCCACGUUUAUCGCAACGAUAGUUUAACGGGAAAAAUACGAUAAACGGAGACGAGGAAGGGGGGCUUGCGAAAUAAAAUAAAAAAAAAAAUAAAUAAAUAGGAACACAAAGUAACGUCCGCAGAGAAGUAAAAACGACGACAAACCCUCCCCCCUCCGCGAGCAAGGAGUUACACGCCGCACCUCGGAGUAGACACGGGGUGGUUUUUUUCUUCUUUCCUUUUCCCUGCGAUAAAGAGGAUAAAUAAAUAAAUGAAAAUAUCAGCAGUCGACAGGGUGAUUGGCGGUGAAAAUGCAUAAAUAAAUAUAUAUACGCGUGUCCUAUGAAUAUGUUAAUGCACGAUUAACAACGUAACGACGAAGUUGAGCCAGAUAUGAAAAGGCUUUGUGCGGUCACCGAGUUGGUGCCAUAUAAUAAUACGGUGUCGAAUUAAUUCUAAACUCCGUACGAGUGCCCGGAAUAUACGUGUACACGUAGCGUGUCCUUUACAGUAACCGGAAAGGAGGAAGGAAGGAGAGAGACAGAGAGAGAGAGAGAGAGAGAAAUCGAGAGACAGGGUGUAUUCGAGCAGAUUCAGCAGAAACCAGUACAGCACUUUGCAGCACGCUUCGAAACAUCGGGACACAGAUAGACGGUCGCGCUGGAAAUUUUGCGGUGUGUUUACCGAUUCGACUCGAGUUAGGUUUACGCACUCGAAGCGUAACGUCCGUAUCCUUCGUACGCGUGUUUUGCUGGUUCACGCGAUUCCAGUCGGAGUUUCGCGAGUGUCGGUGGUGGACAAAAAGAGUGCAGACACGAAAUCUUGUGAUUAAAGAGGUGGGCCCCUCCCGUAUCUCGUACCUGUGCGGCGGCGAGUGAGAGGGAACUUAUCCCAGAGUUAUUAUUCCGUGUGCCAUUCAACCGCUCGCGUUUGUGUGUCGUGGCCCACGGGCUAUGCCGUUGAAACAUAAUUAUACGAAAAUUUAUCGUUCACGCUCGUGUUAGUUGGGCGUUAAAAAUAAUAUGUGUGCAUUGUCGAAGAAUCGCGCCGUUGGCGUAUCCACAUCGACGCUCACCUGUCGCUGAAGUGGUUUGGCUUGCCCGCGCUAAUUGCGCCCUUCUAACUAACUAAGCUACCGAACGAACGACUCCCGCUAACCAAGUAACAACUAACAACUAACAACUAACACAAGGUGUUCCGCGGAGGGUGGACGACAACUUUGCCGCACUUUACCUGCAUUGCCGCUUUCGCCGUCGAGGGGGUCACCCCGCCGCCUCGAUUUUAUCCCGCUCGACGAUCGUCCCCGAUAAACGAACGACCGAGGGAAAAAGGGAAUAACUAUUUUGUGACAAUUUUCCGCGCGAAUCCCGGUGCAGAUCGGAUCAGCAACGAUGCGAAACGACGAAAAUGCGACGAAACAACGGUCUGAAACUCGACCUUACAGAGAAUACGCCGGGUAACUCGUUGGCGCGUCUUCCGAACCUCGUGGAACAUGCGGAGAGCUGUCAGAUCGGCAACAAUAACGGUACAGGUGAAAACUUGAGCAGUAAAUUGCCGAACGUCGUCGAAGGCUCGAUGGACUAUGGUAGCGAAAGACGAUCAUCUCGUUACUUUGAGUACGGGGCAAACUCGUACGCGGAAACCGAUGGGAGCAGCGGUAAUACCGCGUACGACAACGGCUACGCCGGAAGGACCGCGGGCACCAGCUACGCGAGCAAGACGUUCGACCGGAAGUCGGGCACCCUCGAGAGGGAAUCGGCCGCCGGUGAUCGGGAGAGGUACGACAACUGCCGGAUCUGUCCGGAGGAAGCGACCGGGUCCAGGUACGAAAGACGAGGGCAGGAUAGUCGAGCCUAUCAGGAAUCGGACCUAGACGCCCCGUACGAUCGCGGCAACGAGCCGCCAAAGUCCCGAUACGACGCGGAGUACAAUCAGGUGGGCGCCACUCGUUACUCGCGCGAUUUGGGCGACGUAGAUUACGAGUACGAGGCGAGAUACGCCGACGAGACGCUCAAGCUCGAGAAGAAGGAGAGGACCCCAAAGCUCUACCAGGGCCCGGCGUCUAAGGGCUACGAGUCCGGGGUGAGGACGCACGACUCCUCCUACGAGCUGAGCAGCGCUCGCGGCGCGGACCUUGACCCGAGAAAAUACGAGGCCAACUAUCAUCCGGGAUCGAAGAUGUACGGGACCUUGCCGAGGUACGAGGCUACCUCCAAGUCGUACGACGGUAAAUUCGAGGCAGUGGAGAAAAACGGUUUUCAGGCCAUGUACGACUCCAAAUACGACCUCGCGUCGAAACCGAACAGCUCGAAGACCUACGACGGUAAAUACGAGUCGUCGAGAUACGACGUCGGCAAGAACUAUGAUCAGACGCUGAAGAUCGGCGAGAGUAGUUCGCACCCGCGAAAUUUAUCGUCCCGAGAACCGGAGGAGGCAAAUACCGAGAAAGCCAACGGCUACAGAAAGAGCAAUUUCGAGGCUUACGGCGUCUAUUCCGACCCUGAAGAUGACCACGGUUUUCUCGCGGAUAAAAAAUUACCACAGUACACCUACAAAGGGGUCGUCGUUAACGUCAGCGGAGAGUCCAGUGUCGUUGAACAGAAAAGACCGAAAAAUGGACAGACGGAAGUACAACCUAAUCCUUGGUGUAGGCCGACAAUUUUACUCCUACUUCUCGUCCUACUCGUGGUCAUAUUCGUUCUGGUAGCUGGAAUUCUGCUAUACUUUAAUUACAUGUCAUAUAAGCCACGCCAUCCCGUUAUCGAGGGUAAGGAUCUAAAUUUCGCCAGUAACACCGUGGAACCCUGCGAGAAAACUUAUUGCGCCUGGGGCGCUUCCUGCGUAGUAUCCGAAAGCGGUAGGGCGCUCUGUCAAUGCCCGGUGAAUUGUUCGACGACGCAACAACCCGUCUGCGGAUCCGAUAACGUCACGUACCUCAACCACUGCCAUCUUAGACAGGAGAGCUGCCAGCGCAGAAAAAACACGAGGGUCAGGCACCAAGGAGCUUGCGAAAUAACCGAUCCUUGUGCAAAAUUGAACUGCUCUCAGGGUGCGCAAUGUGUUCGUACCAGGGACGGUACCGAAGCAAAAUGUGAGUGUUCGGUCUCGUGUCCAAGCCUCGGUGAUCACCAGGGUGCUUCUCCGGUAUGCGGAAGUGACGGGAUCGACUACCCCAAUUUGUGCGAAUUGAAUCGUGCCGCUUGUACGAGAGGAUUGAACAUCACCGUGGCUUUCCGCGGCAAAUGUGAUCCGUGUGCGGGAGUGGAGUGCGUCGAACCGGAAGUAUGUCAAUUGGAUGGUUCGAGGCAGCCGGCUUGUAGAUGCGGUGAACAGUGCGGUUUAGAAUUCUCACCGGUUUGCGGUAGCGACGGUAAGACUUACUCGAACGAAUGUAGCCUUCGUCAGGAAGCUUGUCGCUCCAGAUUACCAUUGAGAAAAAUCUACAUCGGUGCUUGCAGCUCCGGAAUAAACCCCUGCGACGGUGCGGCAUGCGGGUCUUAUCAGCAGUGCGCUAUCGACCGGUACGGAAUCGCCAGGUGCGAAUGCGGCCCGGAAUGUCAGCCGAUAAUGAGACCUGUAUGCGCCAGAGGCGGAUCUACUUACACAUCAUUUUGUGAGAUGAAACGUCAAGCUUGCAUGAGCAAGACGAACAUCGAUCUCGCCUACACGGGAGCCUGUGGCUCCAGAGGACCUUGUUCCGAGAAGGUUUGUCAAUGGGGUGCUGUUUGUGCGGAAACUGGCGAUAGCGCGGUCUGCGAAUGUCCCACUUGUUCGGCCGAGUUUCAGCCGGUCUGCGGCGAUGACGGUAUCAGUUAUGGCAACGAGUGCAAACUUCGCCUGGAGGCUUGUCAACAUCGUAGAGAAAUCAGAGUUCUCUACAACGGAUUGUGCAAUGGCUGUGAGAAUAAGAAAUGUGAACAUUACGCCGAAUGUGACAGCGACAGCGGUGGCGAGGCCAGAUGUAUCUGUCCAAGAAAUUGCGACAAUGCGGUCGAGACUCCGGUCUGCGGCAGUGACGGAAUAACUUACACCAGCGAAUGUGCGUUGAAAAAGGCUUCCUGCACAUCUGCAACACUUAUCGUUGUCAGUUACAAAGGAGACUGCGGACUUUGUUCCGGUGUUCACUGCGACCACGGAGCACGGUGCGUAGGCGGUACGUGCGUGUGUCCAGAAAUAUGCCCUUCCAAUGACACUGGUGAACCAGUAUGCGGUAGCGACACCAAAACCUACCCUUCGGAAUGCGAAUUGCAAAAGGCAGCUUGCGACAGAGAUCCGGGAUUGCCGGCCCUGCACGUUACCUUUUACGGCGACUGCGGUGAAAAGUCUCCCGUAGCGGCAUUGACCACAAUGUCAACUGCACCGGUAACCCGACUGAGCACGACAAUCGACGGAAGUAGUAACCAGGAGCGGGAAGCGUGUCGGGAUAUCCACUGCGAUUUCGAAGCAACCUGCGAACUCGGACCGGAUAAAUUUCCGAGAUGUAGUUGCCGAUUCGAUUGCGGAGCUAUAUCAGCUGAAAAUAUGAGACCUAUUUGCGGAAGCGACCUCCGAACUUACUCUUCGCUUUGCGCUAUGAAAAUGGAGGCCUGCCAGAGACAACAAGAACUGAGACUCCGACCACUCGACCUCUGCCAAGGUAUGGAAGUUCGUCCUUGCAACGGGGAUGCUCCAUUAGUGGAUUCUGACGGGCGGGAAUACGAUUGCGGUAGCGGCCCUCAACGAAAGGACUGUCCAAGUAUGAGUUACUGUCAUCAGACAACGCGUUUCGCGCGUUGUUGCAGGAAAGCUCCAGGAAUACAAGUGCAGAAAUGUGCCGAUUCCUGGCACGGUUGUUGUCCAGACGGAAAAACUGCCGCUCUAGGUCCCGAAGGGGCCGGUUGCCCCAGUCUUUGCGGUUGCAACAGGCUCGGAAGUGUCGGUGAUACUUGUAAUCCAGAAACAGGACAAUGCGAGUGUAAGCCAGGCGUCGGUGGUCUAAAAUGCAAUCGAUGCAUGCCCGGGUUUUGGGGACUCCCGAAAAUCAGCGAGGGUCAUCCGGGUUGCAUACCUUGCGGCUGUUCGCUCUUCGGCUCGGCCAGAGAAGAUUGCGAACAGAUGAGCGGUCGUUGCGUUUGCAAGCCCGAAAUUCAGGGUCAGAAAUGCACGAUCUGUACCGACCACAACAAAGUUCUGACACCCACCGGAUGUUACUCAGCUGAUACGAUCCCGCCGAUGCCGCAGUCGUGCGAAGACCUGGAGUGCUACUCCGGUGGCCAUUGCUCGGAAAUCGGAGGACCGCAUUGCGUCUGUCCAUCUUCGUGUCCUUCCGAUGUACCGUCAGUUCCAGUUUGCGGUAGCGAUGGUCAGACGUACGACAACGAAUGCGAGCUACGACUCUACGCGUGUCGUCACCAGGCGGACGUUGUCACUCAGGCGUUUGGACAUUGUCGAGAUGAUCCCAUGGUGAACACAGAUUUUCCGGUAAAACGUUUCACGGCUGUCCAAUACACGCAACCAGCAGCCGCUAUUUCACCCCUCUCGAAGUCGACGCGUCAUCUUCUGGUACCCGAACCAGAUUCCAGAUACUAUUACACGCACAGAGCUCAUCAGGAGACCAUCUCCAUCGACAGAGACAAUUUGAAGCAAGGUAGAUUGAUGAUUUUCAACUUUUCGUCGGGAAAAUAUGGCGAAUUGAAUUAUUCACAUCAAUCUCUGCGUCACGUUUUAGGGGUGGCUGCAGCUUAUCGGCCUACUCCAGCAACGAUUCGUGUCGUUACGGCACUUCUUGGCGAUUUAUGUAGCGACGACAAGGAUUGCACAAUUCCUAACAGCGAGUGUAUAAACGGAGGCUGCAUCUGCUCGAAGGGUUACGCGGAGACCAGCGACAGACAGGAAUGUUUCGCCAACUACGUUCCCGUCUCGCCCACGGAGGAGUUUCGAGCCUGUCUGUCUUAUCCUUGUCACAUGUCAUCGACGUGCGUCGACCUUCCAAGUGCGACAUUCGUUUGCGUCUGCCGACCAAAUUACACGGGUUUCUUGUGCGACGAGGAAAUAGACAAGAGGGACUACGAUCUUCCCUCUUUCGACGGCAAGAGCUUCGUCAGAAUGAAUCGUCUGAAAGCUUACCACACCUUCAGCAUCGAGGUGGAAUUUAAAACUUACGCGGAAAAUGGUAUCAUCCUUUACGAUCAGCAGAAAAACGACGGCUCGGGGGACUUUGUUUCGUUGGCCAUCGUUGGCGGUUACGUACAGUUCAGAUACAAUCUGGGUAACGGACCGGUCGUUCUGACAGCGCCGCAUAAAGCGACGAUGAAAACUUUUCACAAAGUUACCGCAAAACGGUACCGCAAGGACGGCGUCCUGAUAUUCAACAACGGCGACGACGUGACCGGGCAGAGCGAAGGAAUGCUCGAAUCCUUGGACUUGAAUCAAAAUACUUUCAUAGGAAACAUGCCUACGAAUCAUUCAAAGGUUUACGAGAACAUAGGUACCAGCCACGGUUUGUUGGGUUGCAUUCGGAAGCUCGAAAUAAACCGUAAGCUGAUCGACCUUCACGUUGGCCACGACAAGGACGUCCUGGAAACUUACCGUGUGAAAGAAUGCGGGGAAAAUCCCUGCGCCGAUUUGCCGUGCCACAACGGUGCGACUUGUCAGCCGAUCUUCGAAGAGGAUCUCUGCGACGGCCACGAGUGUAAAAAGAGUAUGCCGAAAAAGUGCAAGGGAAAAAAUUGCGGACGUAAAUUGGGGAAGGGAUUCGUCUGCAAGGGGACCCAUUGCGCGCCGAUGAAACAACGAAGGUCGAAGAAAAAUUCUGUGAAACGAUGCGCCGGAGGUAACUGCGACUUUGACUACGACCUGGAGUACGACGACGGAUUUACAAACAAUUACGGACCAAGCUACGCGGUUGAGAAGUACGAAGUUCACGACUACAAAUGCAUUUGCGCACCGCAAUUCACCGGACGACAUUGCGAAGAGUCGUUAGACCCCUGCAUGGGUGAACCUUGUCAGCACGGCGCGACUUGUGAUAUUUUACCACAGGGUGGAUACGUAUGCAAAUGUCCGCCGGGCAGGACCGGACAACAUUGCGAAACUCUCGAUUCGGAGCUGAACGAACUGCUGGUUCCCGAACUCUCCGGAGACGGUUUCCUGGAGUUACCGUGUCUCGAGGGGGUGGCCAAGGUCUUCUCUAUAGAGUUAUGGUUCCUGUCCCGAGCUAGCGAUGGCCUCUUGCUCUACAACGGACAGCUAAACAACGGAAGGGGUGAUUUCAUCAGUCUGAAUUUGGUACAGGGAAAACUCGAGUUCAGAUUCAACUUGGGAAGUGGCAUCGCUAACAUCAGCUCCCCGGAUCCCGUCAGCUUGGACACGUGGCACUGCGUCCGUAUCAGCAGACUCGGACGGGAAGGUCUUCUUCAAUUAGACGACGGUACCGUCGCCAGAGGUUUAUCCGGAAGUCCGUUGACCGAAUUGAAUUUGGAGAUGCCGUUGUACGUCGGUGGCGUGAAACACUGGCACGAAGUUCACAAGCUGGCCGGCGCCUGGACCGGACUAGUCGGGGCGAUUCAGAGGCUGAUGGUCAAUGGAAGAACGUAUCAAAACUUGGCCGUUAAUGUUACGCAACACAAUGCGGUGAUUUACGAUGGUUUACCCUGUCCAAGCAACGAAAACCCUUGCCAUAAUGGAGGCGUUUGUUUGCCACUGUUGAACAGUUAUUUGUGCAAGUGCGUCAGCGGCUACAACGGUCUUCAUUGUGAAUUUUUCACCGGGUACGACAUUUCGAGCAGUGAGAUAUCCGAGAAACCCGUCAGAUUCAGAGGAGACAACUUUUUACAAUUCAAACAUCGGUACGGUAGAAGUCCUAACAUCACUAACACAACUUAUGGAGAAUAUUUCGAAGAAUCGUACUCCGAGUACGAGGCUGACGAAGACAACGACUACGAGUAUGAAACUUAUGAUUACACAGAACGCAAAGGACAGCAGUCGAAUAAAUUUGAGUUGAGAUUGAGUACGACUCAUCCUGAGGGACUCAUAGCCUGGAUAGGGAGAGGCAAAGCGGAACAUUUGGCAUUGUCUUUACAGGGAGGACACGUCGUACUCUCUUACAAGAGUAAGACCGAAGAAAUGACUUUGAGAAGUCAGGGAAGAGUGGACGACGGUAUUUUCCACCACAUAAAAGCGUCACGACGGCGUAGAGCGACGAUAAUUCAAAUCGAUGAGCUACCGCCGGUUAAAAUCUCUACAGAAUCGACGCUGCUGACGACUAACGGAAAACUUUUCGUCGGCGGUAAACCUGGGCACGAGGGAGUAAAGGCCUGUGUCACGGAUUUCGUAGUGGAUAAAAGGCGGCUGCAACUCGCGAGACGGAAGAUAGGAUUUUGCCACGAUAACGACGUAUGAUAGUGCGAAAUCACCGCGAAACAUAAACUCAGCUACUGCAAGCUCUUCAUCUCGUCUGAUAAUUUAUUCGGAAAUCCUCCGUUCGGUACGAUGGUGAUUUCAGAUAUUCAAAUGCGAGGUAAUGAGAAAUUAUAAAAAGUAUUAUGAAAAAACCAAAUUAAAUUCCUUCGCUCGGAUUAUAAAAUUAUUACAAGCACCACUCGCGAAAAGCAACGUACUUGUCUUUUAUACUCACUGCGUUUCCAUCUCACAUUUCGCGACGUUUGACGAACGAUACAUUUGUACCCUAGCCGCAAUUUUCUUGUAACAAUUUUACAAUCCAACGAAUCUUACGCGAGUGCGUAUUUAAUCGAGGUAAAUGAAUUUUAAAAAAAAUUUUUAAAUAAAUGAAAAAAAGCAAAUAAAAGAUAAAUUAAUCAGUGGAAUAAAUCGUGCUAGCUGCAGUGUGUGCUCAGCGUUUUCCAUCGAAAGACAAUAAUAUAUUUUUAAGAAUUAAUGUCAUGAAUUUAAUACGUAGAUAAAAAAAUAAAUGAAUAAAUAAUUGAAUAAAUAUUUAGAACAAAGAUAGUUCAUCAAAUUAAUUUUAAGUAUACAUAUAUACCAAUAUAUUGAUGCCAAGACUGACUAAUAAAGAAAUAGAAUCAGUGUUAUGUUUGAGUGUCGGUAGAGAGAUUUAACGUUGUGACUUUGAAUAUGGAAAAAAAACGAACAUUAUCAUAUAAUAAGUAUUUAGAAGAGAAAAAAAAAAACAAUUGUUGAUUUAUGCCAGUAGGAUUAUAUUAUAAUAUUGUUUCACGUAGAGAAAGGCUUUUUAUAAACGGAUACAGAAUAGAUCACAUUCCAUUUGAAGGACAAUUUACGUAACAGAUUAUACGCGAAUGUAAUUAACCAAAUGUAUGAGACUUGUUAGUUAUUCAUGUCCAAGGAGCAUUCCAGGGAGGUCAGCUAAAAUCUAGUUAACACGUACGAUUGGCCACAAAGUUCCAUAAUUUUUUCGAACUGCAAUCGACGACUCUCCGAAACUGAAAACUUUUUUUACUUGACUUCCCUUCAGAUAACGAUAUACACAAUUAUUUCGAUAGAUUUAAUGAUUUGCGAGAUAUUGAUAGCACAAAAAUCGGCACAAACAUGUAUUCAAGCAUAAAUGUGUCCCAAUAGUGUUCAUUUCUACCGUCAGUUCAAAAAAUAAUAGAAAAAAAAAAAAAAAUUGUCCCCAACGUUGAACUCGUCAAUGACAAUUCGUUGACUCGUAACGAAGAAAUUUUUUUUUCCGGAUGUGUAAUUGUAAUAAUUUAAAAUAAUCCAUCUGCCCAUUUCGUAAUAGAAACAUCACAUGUUCGAUCGUAUCCAAGCGAAGGCUGUAAACCGCGUCAGUCCAGCGAUCAAGAUCGAGCUUAACUUCCGUUUUCAUUAUCCGCUGACUAUGAAAUUUUCCUUUAUUCUUCUUCAGCCGAUUUUCUCGUUUGAUCAUCUUCUCUUUCGAAUAAACGCCAUACGUGUUACUGCCCUCGCUAUAUCUACGAUACUUACCGUGAAUCGUCUGUAAGUACCCCGAUAAUGAUAGCAACAAUAAUGUUAAUAAUAACGAUAAAAUUAAUAACUGUAAUAAAAUAAUUGUUCAGAAACCCUGCCGGAGCCCCUAAACCGUACACACGAUGUUGUAUGCUGAAAAUAUUUUCGUGGGGUGAUAAUAUUGUAUACGUAUGUGAAUGAUAAAUAAUAACAUAAUUGUAGUUUAGGAAAUAUGAAAAAAGGAAAGAGAAGAAAAAGUUUCACUUGUAGCUCGAUAUUACAAGCGUUUUGACGUCAUUUCUUGGGUCAUCAACUCCGAUAACUAUAUCUCACCGACAAUGAGAAGUAGAAAAAAGAGAAAAGAUUGAUCUGUAAAAUUUCUUAUGCGCAACCCAACGUGAUAUCGGGCCUUAUAAGUUUGAAUUUCGUUAGUUAGUAAUAAUGAGCCAUGAAAAUGCAUGUAUGAAUCACUGAUUCUGUAGUAUAAAUAUUGCAAAAGUAAUGUGUUUAUAGUAGAAUUGUAAAUUGUUUAUGUUUGAGAUCAUAAUUGUUACGAAAAGAUAAUGAAAAUUCAAACAUUGAAUUAUAUAUUAACUGGGUCUGCUACUGAACGACGAGAUUGCUCUAGCUUUUUCAGAAAAUUCGAUUCACGAGCUUUUUUUAUUUGAAAAAAAUGAAGAUAUCGAUUCUAAAAGGAUAGAAAUACAUGUUGAUAAUUUUAUAUACUGGAUUAAAGGGAAAAAAAAAUAUCAGAAGUCCGUCUUUGUAAAUUGAAUGGUUGUUUCGAAAAAAAAUUACGUUGAAGACGUUACCAAGGAACAAAAUAAUAAUAAUAACAUAAUUGUGUCAUGAAAAAGCUAUCCAAAAUGUCGAUUAGUAGCUGACCGUGCAACAGAAUGGAUAAUUAUACGUAUAUUAUAUGAUAAAUAGAUGUAAUAUGAAUUAGUAAGUGCUGUAUAAUAAAUAAUAUAAAAAUCUCAUCUGAUGACAAGGCGAUAACUGCGUAGCGUUAAAAAAGGGGUACGCAGUGCGAAGAGAAAAAAAAGGGAUGAAAAGAAGAAGCAUUCAUUAAACCAACAGCGAACUCGAAACUAGUAUAUCGAUAAUAAUAAAUCAACGAUAGGCGAAAAAAUAAUAAUAAUGGUUAAAAUUGGGCAUAGAUGGAUAAAAUUUACGUGUACCUAUACUGUAAUUAAAAUAGUGGUCAGUACAAGGCCUCGAGUACUUAUACGUAUUUACGUGCAUAUGUAUAUUGUGUGCAUCAAAAGGUUAUAAAAGAAAUAAA